AUAAAUGAUUAUGAAAAAUACAUGAUUAUGAAAAAUAAAAAUGAUUAGGGAAAAUAUAAAAAAAUUGAUGGAGUUACAAACCCCCUACUUGCCUUUUGUAGGAAGGAAAUCAUAAAUAAAUUGCUUGACAAAUGUCUUCCUCAUCAAGUGAUGAAGUUGAUGAAGCUUUAGACGAAAUAGUCGACCAAGUAGUUGACAAUUUCAUCGACGCAAUAGUUGAUGGUCAAGGCAACAAGCCGAGGAGACGAGCUUAUAUCGAAAGAGAUCGGGAAGUAGGACACAAUCAACUAUGGAACGAUUAUUUCAAGGAAAAUCCUACAUACCCACCGGAAAUGUUUAGGAGGCGUUUUCGAAUGAACAAGCCAUUGUUCCUUCGCAUUGUCGAACGUAUAAGUAAUGAAGUUCCAUACUUUCAGCAAAGACGAAAUGCUCACGGAAGGAACGGGCUAUCUGCACUUCAAAAGUGUACGGCAGCUAUACGUAUGCUGGCAUAUGGUCAAUCGGGAGAUACAUAUGACGAAUAUCUCCGACUUGGUGACAGUACAUCACGUUUGUGUUUGGCAAAUUUCACUGAUGCAAUAAUACAAUUGUUUGGAGAAGAGUAUCUACGAAAACCUACAGCCGAGGAUCUUCAACGCUUACUCGAUGUUGGAGAGGUACGGGGGUUUCCGGGGAUGAUAGGCAGCAUCGACUGCAUGCAUUGGGAGUGGAAAAACUGCCCAACGGCUUGGAAAGGUCAGUUCACACGUGGUUCAGGAAAACCGACAAUUGUCUUAGAAGCCGUGGCAUCACAAGAUCUUUGGAUAUGGCACGCAUUUUUCGGCUUACCAGGUACCCUCAACGAUAUCAAUGUUCUUGAUCGUUCACCUGUUUUUGAUGACAUCUUACAUGGUCGAGCACCUAAAGUUAAGUUCAAGGUCAACAACCACACUUAUCGUAUGGCCUACUAUCUUACUGACGGAAUUUAUCCAAACUGGUCAACAUUUAUCCAAUCCAUCCCACUUCCUCAAGGUCCUAAAGCCGAGAAAUUUGCAGAAAAGCAAGAAUCCGCCAGAAAAGAUGUCGAACGGGCUUUUGGAGUAUUGCAAUCGAGGUUUGCAAUUGUUAAAAACCCAGCUCUACAAUGGGACAAGGAGAAGAUAGGAAAGAUCAUGAGAACUUGUGUCAUAUUGCACAAUAUGAUAGUAGAGAACGAACGACACGGAUACGCUCAAAUUGAUACUUCUGAGUUCGAGUCAGGAGAAUCAAGCAGAAGUUCGAGGGUGACUAGGAGAGAAAGUAUUCAUGUCGGUGAUAUGUUAGGCAUGCGCAGAGAAGUUCGAGAUCCAGAGAAGCAUGCUCGUUUGAAAGCUGAUUUAAUGGAAAAUAUAUGGCAGAAGUUCGGUGACGAAAAUGAAUAAAUAAGUUAUGUAUGUUAGAAAAAUUUCUCAUUUAUGUAAUGUACUUUUAAUGUAUUGAAUAAAAUGUUUUCAUAAUUUUAAUAAUAUGUUUUAAUAUUUCAUUCAUCUUUUCUGAAUAUUUUAAAUUUUUUUUUAAAAAAUUAAUAUUAUUAUUUUAUUCCUAUGAACUCCUUCUUCGGGUUCACUAAUGCAGAAAACAGCAUAUCCGAGUUCAUAACUGUUCAUGGGCCCACGAAAAAAUAAUAAAAAAUGUUGGUGAACCCCAAAGAGGGGUUCACCAAUGCUCAUGCUCUUAGUGCUCUAUAUAUAUAGGGUUUAAAUUCCAGAAAAAAAAUUAUAAACACAUAUGUAUAUAGUUUGUCGAAGAUUUUUGGGUAUAUUUUUCGUAGAACUGUAUAAUAUGUGUCGAGAUAAUAACAGGUUGAUUUGUAUAUUAUAAAAGAAUACCAUUUAAAUAACUAUUCACAGUGUUGCAUAUAUUUAAAUUCAAUUUGUUCAUUCAAGAUAAUAGAUAACCAGAUAAGAUCAUAUUCAAGAAAGAUACACAAAACGCAUUUCUCUUGCCAUAGGAUAAGACUUGUGUUUGACGU